AUGGCUUCCAUCGCUUACGGGGGCGCUCCAUCCCAUCCUGCCCUCGUGCAGCCCAUCAUCUUCUGCGGACCAGGUGCCAACUUGUAUCCGCUAUGCUCCAACACCGUCGGCGCAGACCUCGCCGGCGACGCCAUCUCCUCGACACAGACCGACCUGCCCAAGGCCAUGCUUCCCAUCUUCAACAGACCCAUGAUCGCUUUCGCACUUCAGCAGCUCCUCUCCGCGGGUCUUCGUCACGCCAUCGUCUUCGCCCCCUCCGAGCACCACUCUACCAUCGCCGCCGCUCUCAAAUCGCUCAUCCUCAUCCCUCCCACCCUCGUCCAGUCGGGAAAGAAGAACGUGUCGUCGGCAGCCGCAGCAGCUGCAGCAGCAGCCGUCGAGGAGGCUUCUAGAAACCCAAACGUGUCUGUCUCCGUCGGACUCAACAGCUCCUCCACAGCUGCCUCCGCGCCCGCAGCAUCCAACCCGUACCUCUCGGCAAACACUUUUGCCGCCUCAUCCGUCCAGAACGAGACGGUCAUGCGAGUCGACCUGCUGCCCCUCGGUCCUGACGACGUGUCCACUGCCAGCGCAGCCACAAAGUACAAGAGCCUCGGCACUGCAGGCCUCAUCUCCUGGCUCCACUCCAUCGGAAGGCUCGACAAAGACCCGCUCAUCCUCCCCGUCGAUCUCGUCUCCCAGUCCAUCUCCUUGACAAACAUCAUCGACGCUCACGUAUCCGGCGUGCCACACCCUCCCGCCUUGACCUGCCUCAUGUACGAAAGAGGCGCAGGCGAGGGCACCGGCAAGGAGCGCGAAAAGGACGGCCCUCCCAAGCUCUUCACAGCAUACGAUCGCACCUCCACCCAAUCCGCCAGGUCAAGCUCUGAUGCGAGCGAACACUGCUCCGCCCACCAGCUCCUCUUGCUCCAGGACUCGGACGACGUCUCCGACUACGACUCGGCCGAUCUGCACUUGCGCAUGUCCCUUCUCUGGUCGCAUCCACACGUUCGCAUCUCCACCUCGCUCCUCGACUCGCACGUCUAUCUCUUCAACCUCAACCAUCUCCUCGACCUCUUGCGCUCCCAAGGCGGUCAAAAGAUGAAGAGCUUGCGCGAGGAGGUGGUUCCCUUCAUGGUCAAGUGCAGCUGGAUGGCAGGUCUGCGCGAAAAGGCAGGCUGGACCAGCCGCUCUUCCAAGUCCUCGUCCUUGCAAGAUCAAUCAUCCCAUCAACUAGGCAAGGACGUCGCUGCUGCCACCGCGCUCCGAUCCAGCACCUACGUCGAUUCGCACCUGCUCCAAAGCGGCUCCUCCUACCGUCCGGCACUCGACGACAUCGAAGAUCGCCCCUCCCCCCUCUUCACUCCAGCGCGUUCCAGCGCCGUCUCGCCCUCCGGCAAGCCUGAAGACGAUAACAAGACCCUCGGUCUCGCCCGCCAGGCACAGGCGGCAGCCAAAAAGUCGUCCGCAGAGAUAAAGGUCAACGCUCUAAUCUUCCGCCUCACAGCAGACCGCAAGCAUCCCAUCGAUCCUUCCUCCUCCGUCGAGGAGAUCCGUGAGCGUGACGAAACCGCCAAGCGCGAGCCCUUCAUCGCACGAGCCAACACCGUCCCAACUUACCUCGAGUGCAACCGAUACCUCCUUCGUUGCUUGGCAUCCGGCUCGACCGGUCAAGCGAGUGGCGCACAGUCGGCCGCAUCCGCUUCGAACACCGCUGUGCUUCCAUCAUCGUCCCUCUCCCAUCCCAUGCCCAACCAGGCUCUCACAGCACCCGCUCCUGCCUCUGGCUCGCCUUCGACAGCAGCUCAAGCAUCGCUCGACUCCACAACCACGGGCCCCGAUGCAGCCGCCGCUGCUGCCAAAGGAGCGCAGUGGAUCGAUGCAAAAGCCCAAAUUUCGUCCGAUUCGCUCGUCGAGGGCUUCACCCGCGUCGGUGAACGCACCGCGAUCAAGAGAAGUGUCGUCGGACGUGCAUGCGUCAUCGGCAAGAACGUCAAGCUCACUGGCGCCAUCGUCAUGGACGGCGUAAGGAUCGGCGACAACGCCAAACUCGAGAACUGCAUCCUGGCCGCUAACUCGGUCGUCGAGGAAAAGUGCAACCUCAAAGACUGCGAUGUCGCCGCCUUCGUCAGGGUCUCGGCAGGCACAAAUACAAAGGGAGAGAAGUUCGACGAAUAG